GUGGAUCACACACACACACACACACACACACCUUUUCACGUGGCUCUCCCCUGCUCCAGAUUAUUGUCCUAAUCUCACACGUUCUCUCCAUCACUCUUUCUCUCCAUCACUCGUUCGCCUGCGUCCCCAAAACUCUGUCGCUCUCAGUGAGUCGCCCAGUCACUCGGGCCAGCAAACCGGACUCACACAGACACGGAGGACAGGAGACACACGGAGGACAGAAAGAGGACAGGACACACAGAAGACAGGACACACGGAGGACAGGACAUAAAGGCAACAGACUGUACAGUUAAUUCUGAGCCUCUUCUGAGGGAGGAUCUCCUGAAUCUACUGGAAAACAACCCAGAUUUGAUCAUCUCAGAAGAUUAAAACCUCCAACUGAGACUGCCAGUUCGCUGCCAGGAGAAAUCCACUAACAAGCCAAUCAACAAGAAGCAAAAGAAUCACAGACUGGGUUCUAUGGGAGGCCAUGUUUGUUUUGUGGGGAACGAUACAAAGAGGACCUGAAGAAAAAAGUGGAUCCACUGCUGCUCUGAGUGGACUACCUACGCCGUUGGUUUAACAUGAAGCUAACAGUAUAGCAGCUGGAGACCUCAGUAAGGUAGCUGCCUCUGGACCAUCAGUCAGAGAAGAGGACAGAAUCUGAAACAGUUUGUCAGAGCUGAUUAUCCCUCCGCUGGAAGACUUUUCUCUUCCCUUCGUUCUCUUGUCCUCCAGACCGUAUCCCUCCAUCUCACCAACCAAUCUCUCAGCCCUGCUAUCGCUCAGAGAGAGAAACGCGCUUACAGUCAGAUCUAGCUAUAUCUGAGUCAAUGAAAAUGGCGAUGGAUGCGCUUUGUGCGUCUGACGGUGUGGGCGGGAGUCGUGUGAGGUCAGACAGCACCUCCAGCACGGCGUCCCAGGGGUCAAAGGGUAGGCUGCUGCUCCGACAGCGCCUGUCCCAGCUGCUGACCUGUGUAGAGGACCUGAGCUCUGAUGAUGAGGCUAACGAGGAACUGUCCCGCACUCUGGACGAAGCCUUUCAGCUCUGUGGACGCGUCAGCCCCAGAGACACCUUCAGGCUGCACAUGGUCACAUGGAAUGUGGCGACAGCAGAGCCUCCUGGUGAUGUCACUUCCUUGCUGCAGCUGGACGCCCAGCCUGCCACAGACCUCUACGUGAUUGGUCUUCAGGAGGUAAAUGCAGCCCCUCUGAGGUUUCUGUCAGACCUGCUGGUAGAAGACUCCUGGAGCCACCUACUGAUGAACACACUGGCCAAUAGAGGAUACAUCAAGGUAUCUUCAGUGAGGCUGCAGGGGCUGCUGCUAUUGGUCUUCUCUAAGCAGGUUCAUGUCCCCUUCAUCAGAGAUAUCCAGACUACCUACACGCGCACCGGCAUCUUCGGGUACUGGGGUAAUAAGGGAGGGGUAUCAGUGCGUUUCUCCCUCUAUGGUCACAUGAUAUGUUUUGUGAACUGCCACCUGAUGGCUCAUAUGGGCAACGCCCUGCAGCGCGUUGAUGAGUUCGAGUACAUUCUGGAAACGCAGGACUUUGACCUGGACAACACACCCACCAUCCGAGACCACAGGGUGGUCUUCUGGUUUGGUGAUCUGAACUUCCGUAUCUCUGACCAUGGAAUGCACUUCCUCCGCUCCUCCAUCAACAGCGGACGCUUCAACCUGCUGUGGGAGAGGGACCAGCUGUUAUCGAUGAAGAAGAAGGAACCCUUCCUCCAGGAGUUUGAGGAAGGGCCUCUGAAGUUCAAACCUACGUACAAGUUCAACCGCAACGCUGACACCUACGAUACCAGUGGUAAGAAGAGGAAGCCAGCAUGGACCGACCGCAUUCUGUGGCGCGUCAAACCCAAAACCCCGCCCCCUGAGGAUGACGAGGAUGACGAGGAUGAGAGGGCGUCGACCUCCACACAGCACUCGGAUGACGGACAGGAGGAGUAUCCAAUCAAAGUGCUCCAGGACACCUACACCUGCGACCCCAGCUACGGGGUCAGCGACCACAAACCUGUCAUAGGAAUCUUUAACCUGGAGAUGAGGAAGCGUUGUGACAGUGCGCUGGUCCGUGUGUGUCCUGAGGGCCAGUGGAGCGCUGACCAGGAAGCUGUGCUGUCCUACACCAUCCUCGAAGACUUCCUGUCCUCUACCUGGGACUGGAUAGGACUUUACAAGGUGGGUUUCAAGACUGCGUCGGACUACGCUACCUUCGUCUGGGUCAAAGGUGAACUAGCAGAGGUCAACGAGGUCAUGCAGGUGUGUGUGAAUAAGGACGACGUCCCACUAGUGGGAGGAGAGUAUGUUCUGGGCUACUACAGUUGCAACAUGCAGAGCAUCGUAGGAUUCAGCCACAACUUCCAGAUUGUGGAGUCUAAGAGGGCUGUUAUGGAGGGAAUGGUUCCACAGGAUGUCAACGGGUUGAACAAAUAAACCCCACAUUAUCAUAACACCUCAUUAGCUACACACACACACACACGCACACGCACACACGCACACACACACGCACGCACGCACACACGCACACGCACGCACGCACGCACGCACGCACACACACACACACACACACACACAGAUGUGCAGAUGACAAUCUUAAUUCAAAGUAUCUAUCUCUCCUCAAUUAGAAUAAAUAUCCCAUCAAACAGAAUGAAUAUCCCAUCAAACGGAAUGAAUAUCCCAUCAAACAGAAUGAAUAUCCCAUCAAACAGAAUGAAUAUCCCAUCAAACAGAAAGAAUAUCCCAUCAAACAGAAUGAAUAUCCCAUCAAACAGAAUGAAUAUCCCAUCAAACAGGAGAAAUAUCCCAUUAAACAGAAUGAAUAUCCCAUCAAACAGAAUGAAUAUCCCAUCAAACAGAAUGAAUAUCCCAUCAAACAGAAUGAAUAUCCCAUCAAACAGAAUGAAUAUCCCAUCAAACAGGAGAAAUAUCCCAUCAAACAGAAUGAAUAUCCCAUCAAACAGAAUGAAUAUCCCAUCAAACAGAAUGAAUAUCCAUCAAACAGAAUGAAUAUCCCAUCAAACGGAAUGAAUAUCCCAUCAAACAGAAUGAAUAUCCCAUCAAACAGAAUGAAUAUCCCAUCAAACAGAAUGAAUAUCCCAUCAAACAGAGACAGAACAGGUGGUAGUAUACCUGGGUUGAAGAGAGACAGAACAGGUGGUAGUAUACCUGGGUUGAAGAGAGACAGAACAGAACAGGUGGUAGUAUACCUGGGUUGAAGAGAGAGAGAACAGGUGGUAGUAUACCUGGGUUGAAGAGAGACAGGACAGGUGGUAGUAUACCUGGGUUGAAGAGA